AUGAGGAAUCCAUCGUCAGCAUCGCCGGCGACCAUGUCAAAUAGCAAGAGUACAGCUACACCAUGUUGCAGCAAAGUGGGACUGAAGAAGGGGCCAUGGACACCUGAAGAAGAUGAACUUUUGGCCAAUUAUGUGAAGAGGGAAGGCGAAGGACGGUGGCGGACGCUGCCCAAACGCGCCGGUCUCCUCCGGUGUGGUAAGAGUUGCAGGCUCCGAUGGAUGAAUUAUCUCCGGCCGUCUGUUAAGAGGGGUCGGAUUGCUCCUGAUGAAGAAGAUCUCAUCCUUCGUCUUCAUCGAUUGCUCGGUAACAGGUGGGCUUUGAUAGCUGGAAGAAUCCCAGGACGUACAGAUAACGAGAUCAAGAACUAUUGGAAUUCCCAUCUCAGCAAAAAGCUCAUCAACCAAGGAAUUGAUCCUAGGACUCACAAGCCACUGGACCCAAACUCUUGCCCUAAUUCUUCUGAAACAGUUUGUACUACAGUAUCAAAUCCAAACUCAAGCCUCAAAUCUUACCCUUCUCCUAACCCCAAACCUAGCCCUAAUUUUUCUGGGUCACAACAAGUCUGUGGCAACAAUCUGGAUCAGGAUUUAAACCCCGAUGUCGAUAAUAGCCACGAGAACUUGAAGAAUUCUGAUGCUUUGAUGACAAAUUUAGAAAGUGGCCAUGUAAACAGUAGCAAUGAAGAAGAUGGUAUGGAGUUCUGCAAUGGUGACACUUUCUCUUCAUUUUUGAAUUCUUUGAUAAAUGAAGACGAGUUUACCGAUCUCCAACAGCCUAACGUGAUUGCACCUUCGAUAUCGUCUAAGCAUGUAACACCUUCUACGCAGACCUUCGAUCUUGGCCCUGUUUGGGAAGUUGCACUCUGAUCAACCGUGGCUGCUUUAGAUAAUGCACAAGAAGGGUUAGCUAAUUGAAAGAUUACAUGAGCAGGUAAAUGGGUUAGAUUGCUUCUUCAUGUGUGAUAAUCUGUAUGUUUUAUACUGUCUAUUUACUAUCUCGUGAACGGGACUAUGUUGUGGCCUAGGGAGUUCAUGCCCCAAGUGUUUUCCGAAAACCCUAAUGGUUCAGUCAUUGUUUGAACAGUCACUUCUCUCUUUUUUUCAUUGGAGUGUACUCCAAAUUUUAGACCAUGGUACUAGCUAGUUUUGUACCUAUUUGUUUUCAUAGCUAGUGUAAGGAAACUUUGGUUUGAAUGUGUGUAUCUAUGUAUUUUCUUGCGGAUGUACCUCUACUAUUUGGUUUGAUUUUUCAACUUUCGUAAUUGAUCUCAAAUUGCAAAUGAAUGUUGAUUUGAUU